AUUUCUUCAAGAAGUAACACUCAAAGUUGUAAUGACCUCAAUAUGGUAACGAAGGAGAUAAGGGUUGCCAGUGCAAGAUGUUCUUAUCUCCACUAUAUAUUAUGGCUAUGGAAAUUCAACGUCAAAUGAAAGGUCAGAGAUUGCUGAUCUUAAUUGUCCUCUCGUGUUUGGCCUUGUCAAAUGCACAGAUAGAAAAAGCAGAACCAUUUGGAAGUACAUAUAUUCUUAGUGAGUUUGAAAAGGCCAGUUGUGAACGAGGUAAUGGCUACACGUCCGAUAUUUUUAAUUGUUGUGGGUUUGUGAGAUGUGUCGGAAACAUUGGUAUACGGAUGCAUUGCCCCUUCAAUACAGUUUGGCAGCCCCAAACGUGUAAUUGUGUGCUUGCGAACCAUUACGAGGUGUGCGUUAUCUCCAACUGCACAAAUCCUUUGCCAGACUUCGAUGAUAGUUGUCCCGAUUUCCUUGAUGAAGCCGGACCAGUGCGUGGGGUCAAACGUAAACUCGAGCUUGUCAAACAACGGCUUGUGGAAAUCGACAAUGAUCUCUGGUUCAAGGAACUCUGGAACGAUCGGCGCAACCCAGUGAAUGGCAACAAAUUGCGGACUUACAGGAUCCAUAAGCGCCAUGCUUUAGAGCCAGAGAGUUAUGUUACUUUGACACUAAGCAAACAACAAAGAAAUGAAUGUUGUCUUCGAACUGACGGUUUUGAAUCUCAGAUCUUCAAAGGUGUUAACGAGACGCAUUUUAUGUUUAAAAAUGAUAUCCAGUCGUGUCCAUUUGGCCAGAUCUUCUAUACUGAUACCUGUUGCUGCGAAGGACCACUAGAAGCUCAAGGUGCACCCUGUACUCAUUUUACAUUCGAUAGAGGUUUCAAUGACAUAUCUGACGUCAACGGUGUUCCGACUAACAUUAGAAAGACACAGAGGGUUUCUGGUCUCCCUGGGGACAUGGCGGCAGUAUUUGACCAAACAUCAAAGUUCAUAAUACCUCGGUUUGCCAAUGUGGAGUUCAAUUUUGCCUUGUAUAUAUGCGUUUGGGUUGCAUUUGAUAAUGUCCAGAUCUCACAACACAUUUUACACAACGGAGAUGAAGGCGGACUUAAAGCAACGAUAUCAAUAGAGCUUGUUAUAACGCCAGAUAAUGAAAAAUUGAUUGUUGCCGGUGUUAAAGCAUGUGACAGAGUACAGGAUGUGGUUGUACUUUUACAGGAAUUGUUGGAGGGACAGUGGUAUCAUAUUUGCAUUGCCUAUGACGAUGCAGGAGAAGUAACACUUGUAAUAGAUGGCAUUAGAACCACUGUUGUAGAGAGAGAACGAUUACCGGAAAUCGAUCUUCGACUGGUUGUCGGCUCGCCUUUCUGGGACAGCUUGCCGGCUUUGCGAUUGUUGGAUGAUUUCGAGUAUGGGCAUAUCCAAGCAAGAGAUGAAAUUAAUUUCAUAGUUGGCGCAGCCAUUGCCUUCUCUGAUCCUGUCGAAGAGGAAAGGCCGUUGUCAAUGCUUGCGUGGCUUGAAUUACAAGAUAACCUUGCAAAUGCUGUCAUCGAGUACUUCCAGAGACCAUACAGGCAUUCCUCAAACUUAGAUGAUCUUAACAUUGCAUACGACCAAUUAGGUGAGAUUCUUCGACUACCACGUUUAUUUGAAAUGAGGAUUAGCAUGGCAAAAGAUCUGGUCAGGGCCGAAAUUUUGCCAUUCGUCUUAGAAUCUGGAGAUCGACAACAUAUUGCAGAAGUGGAACAAUUGAUUGCGAAUCUUGAGAUCGGUGCUUCACUAGUUUCAGAUGUUGACGCAAUUCUCACUGAUAUCGGAGGUUAUGAGUAUCAUCUUAUUGACGAUUACAUGCGCCUUGCGUUCACUCUUCUAACUGCAAAUGGUAGAAACGUACUGUCGCUCGAUGCUAUUUUACAAAUAGAUCAGUUAGGAAAACGAUCGGUAGAUGAUGAGAACCAUUUUGAAAAAGACAACAAUAUUUUGACAGAGAAAGUACUUUUACGAUUAAAAAGAGCAUCAAUUUCGAUUCCCGGUGCACUUACAAAAGCUCCUAUAUUGGCUAGUAAGUACCCAAUUCGACUCGGGGAUGGAUUCAUUGGUGCAUUUGAUGAGGUGGUUAUUUGUACAUUUGUGCCAGAUCUCACUGCACAAGAAGAUCUUUUUCAAAAUCACAUUACACCAAUGACCAGACUGGGAGACCAUAGAGAUGUUCGAUAGAUACAAAUAUCUUCCAAUUGCGGAGAGCAAUUUCUUUAUUACAUAUCGAAAUGUCUAAUAAAUUAAUUCGUUGCAAAAA